GUGGAGCCAACCAUGAGAGAGAGGUUAAAGGUAGAUUCUUAGCGAAGCCAAAUUGUGGAAGUUACUCUUACAAUUACGGUAUCUUCUCCGUGGUAGAUUUUCGUGGCAAAAUACCAAUAAAUAAGGCACCAAACAAAGAUCAAACGCUUGAAGCACCAUUCACCGUUUUCUGCGUCUUGUGCUAAUCUCUCAUUUUCUUCUGCUUCACCCUUCUUUUUUUCUCAAUGACUACUCACCCUUCUCUCUCUUUCCAAGCCUGACCCUCGCUGGUUAGGCUCUGUCUCUUCUUGGAGACCCACAAAACCAUUCCUUUUCUCUCUCUUUCCUUUCAAAGAGUAAGAACCUCAUUUCUUCCUUGUUUCUCAGAUCUAUUACCACCCUUUCUCUAUUUUUUUUUCUCCACUGUCCCAAGUCGCAACCUUUUCUUUCCGUUGGCGGUCAGAGACAUGAGUAAAGAGGAAUUCCUGAAGAUACAGAAAUCCGUUCUUAAAGUGAACAUACACUGUGACGGGUGCAAGAGCAAAGUGAAGAAGAUCCUGCAGAAAAUUGAUGGUGUGUUUACCAUAGAGAUAGAUGCUGAGCAGGGGAAGGUGACAGUUUCAGGGAAUGUGGAUCCCAACGUUCUCAUCAAGAAGCUUGCAAAAUCAGGGAAACAUGCAGAACUUUGGGCUGCACCUAAACCCAACCACAGCAACCAUAAUAACCAGAACCAGCUCAAGAACAUGUCAAUUGACAACAUGAAAGGUGGGGGGAAUCACCACAACCAAAACAACAAAGGUCAGAAUCAAAAGGAUGGAAAUAACCAAGCCAAAAGUGGUGGUCCACAAGGACCCAAUCCCCAACAACAACAGCAACUUCAGCUGCAACUUCAGCAGCAGCAACGUCUUCAACAGCAGCUACAACAACUUCAGCAGAUGAAAGGGCUUCAAGAUCUGAACCUCCCUCAAUUCAAGGUUCCCCCUCACAACCCGAACGCCAAAGCUGUUAAAUUUGAUAUCCCUGAGGAAGAUGAGGAGUUGACGGAGGGCGAAUUUGAUGAUGAAUUUGAUGAGGAUGAUGAGUUUGAUGAGGAGUUUGAUGAGGAUGAAAUGGAGGAGGUUGAAGCGAGUAAAAUGAAGGGUCCGAAGGAUGGCGGUAAGAAAGGGGCUGGAGCAGUUCCUGUUCAAGUGCAUGGUGGAGGAGGAGGAAAGAAAGGUGGAGGUGGAGCAGCAGAGGGUAAAAACAAGAACAAUGGAGGGAAUAACAAUAACAAUGUCAAUGGGGGUAAAAAGGUUGUUAACAAUCCAAUGGGUGUUCAGCCUAUGAACGGUGGAUUCCAAAAUGUGGGUGGUCCCCCCCGUGUCAUGCCCAUGCCCAUGCCCAUGCCCAUGCCCGCCGUUCAAGGCCUCCCUGCCGAUGCUAUGGCGGGGAACUCUUUCCACCACCAACAACAACACCAACAGUUACAACAACAACAACAACAACAGUACUUGGCUAUGAUGAACCAGCAACGCGCAAUGGGAAACGACAGGUUUCAGCCAAUGAUGUACGCUCGGCCCCCUCCAGCUGUCAAUUACAUGUAUCCUCCAUACCCUUACCCCUACCCUCCCCCUCCUCCAGACCCUUACAACACACACCUUUUCAGCGACGAGAACACCUCCAGCUGCAACGUUAUGUAAGUGCCACAGCCACAGCCACAGCCACAGCCACAGCCACCGCCACCGCCACCGCUGCUUCGCUUCUCAUACAAUGCAAAUCACUUUUAUUUCUAGUGUAUUUUCCAUUUUCUUUCUCCAACUUCAAAAUAGGGAUUUAGUUAAAUAUCAUAAUUAUAAUUAAUUAGUCUUCAGUAGUAGUACUGUAAUGUCUAUAUGUCAGUUGCAUACAGAAAUAAGAUUUUCACAACUCUCCUUCUGACUU